UUGAAAGAGUGAAAGAAAGAGCUUUGUUUUUGCUUUGUUUUCGUUUUUCGUUGCAUGGGCAUGGUUGCAUGUUCCUUGUUCGUUCACCUCAGCUCACAAUUUUCAAGUUUUCGUUUUCCUCUUGUUGCUGGUUGUGGUGUAGUUACACUGAUAUACGUUGUAUAAUUAAAAUACAAUUGAAUUAAGCUUAGCAAUGGAAGUAAAACAAGAAGUCAGUGAGAAAACCUGUAAAACAGAAAUAGAAAACAAUGGGGUUUGUGAUGCUCCUCUGAACACCUUCAAAAUUGAAAUUAAAGAAGAACUCAAAACAGAAAGUACAAAUGAUCAAUAUAUUUAUUUAACUGAGUAUCCUAUAAAGACCGAGCUAGAGGAUGAGGAUGCACUUAUACCAUUUGAAGGAACACAACUAUAUCCUAUAAAGACUGAACUGGAGCAAGAUGAAGAUGCACUCAUACCAAUUGAAGAAAAACAAAUACAUCCUAUAAAGACUGAACUGGAACAAGAUGAAGAUGCACUUAUACCAUUUAAAGAAAAACAAGAUGUUAAAAAGAUAUAUUCUAAAAGGACAGAAGGAGAUGAUGAAUGUGCACUUGCCAUUCAUCCAAGGAAGAAAAACAAGCCAAUGCCAAUUGUAGAUAAAAAGAGUAUCUUAUGUGAAGAUAUACAAACGUCUGCAUGCAACGAAUUAAGAAAUCUUAAUGUUGGGAGUUAUUUAUAUGAACAAACAGACAUUGGUCAAGAAUCUAUCGCAUGUGAAAUUUGCACGAAACGUUUUGUCAAAAAGCAAUAUUUAAAAAUGCAUAAGGCAAUACACAGUGGAAAAAAACUAUUCACUUGUGAAAUUUGUCCUAAAAGAUUUCUAACAAAGGCCCAUCUAAAAUCGCAUAUGAAAGUGCACACUGGGGAAAAACCGUUUGCCUGUGACAUUUGUUCAAAACAAUUUUCGACAAAGGAACAAUUGAUAAAACAUAAGAGAGUCCACACUAGAGAAAAACCGUUUACAUGUGAAGUUUGUACCAAACCAUUUUCCACAAAGCAACAAUUAAGCAUACAUAUGACAGUUCAUACUGGGAAAAAACCAUUUCAAUGUGAAAUAUGUAGCAAACCAUUUUCGAGAAAGGAGAGGUUAAAAAAACACAUGGAAGUACAUACCAGAGAAAAAUCGUUUGCUUGUGAAAUUUGCUCUAAACAAGUGUCAACCAGUUCCUAUUUAGAACAACAUAUGAGGAUGCAUACUGGAGAUAAACCAUUUUCAUGUGAAGUUUGCACCAAACCAUUUUCAACAAAGCAACAAUUAGAUAUACAUAUAGCAGUUCAUACCGAAGAAAAACUAUAUACAUGUGAAAUUUGCGUGAAACCAUUUUCGAGUAAGGAAAGAUUAAUAAAACAUAUGAGAGUGCACACUGGAGAUAAACCAUUUGCUUGUGAAAUUUGCUCGAAACAAUUUUCGACGAAGACCCAAUCAAAAACUCAUAUGACAGUGCACACUAGAGACAAACCAUUUAAAUGUGAAGUAUGUACCAAACAAUUUGCGACGAAGGGACAAUUAAACACCCAUAUGACAGUUCAUACUGGAGAAAAACCAUAUAGAUGUGAAGUUUGUAUCAGAUCAUUUUCGAGAAAGCAAUUAUUAAAGAAACACAUGAUUGUGCAUACUGGAGAUAAGCCAUUUGUUUGUGAAAUAUGCUCUAAAAGAUUUUCAGACAGUUACGCUUUGAAACAACAUACACGUGUACAUACCGGGGAGAAACCUUUUGCAUGUGAACUUUGUAAUAGACAAUUUGCGACAAAGGAACAUUUAAAAAAACAUAUGCCAGUUCAUACUGGAGAUAAACCUUUCUCCUGUGAAGUAUGCUCUAAACAAUUUCCAACCAAGCAACAAUUAAACACGCAUAUGACAGUUCAUACUGGAGAAAAACCAUAUACUUGUGAAAUUUGCAGCAAAUCAUUUACCAGAAAGGAAUCAUUAAACAAACACAUGACUGCACACUGGAGAAAAACCACUUACACGUGAAAUUUGCACUAAACAAUUUUCAAGAAAUGGAAAAUUACGUAUCAACCUGCAUAAAAUAAUAUUCUUUAAACAAACAAACCGAUAUUGCGAUCCUAAAAGUAAUAUAACCGGUCUCUAAAAGCCGCUAAAAUUUGGAAAAUUUGCCGCCAGUUUUCCGCCAUACAUCAGAAGGGCAGUAAAUUAUAAAAUAUUGAAAUAAAAGAAAAUUUGUAACAAAUCGGCCCCUUCUACGCCGGCUAUGUAUAUAAGGAAUGCCCACCGGCGACGCAUGGUAUUUCCGGGAACCGAGAUUAAGUGGCCCAAUGCCCCUUUGAAAUUAUCGAUGGAAAAGAAAGAUACAAAGACCCUUUUUCAGUUUCUAUUUAGUUGAGUUGGCAUUGAGAUUUUGUACCCUAAAGUCGAAAUUACACCAUUUGUUCGAA